AUGGGCUCUUUUGUAUCCCAAUGUUGCAACCAACAAGCACAGUUCCAGAGAGAUAAUCGUCAAAUUGCUCGCUUCUUCAUGAUCGGUACAGGAGCUGCUGGUAAGACGACAGUGGUUCGACAACUGAAAUGUCUAUGCAAAGAACGGCCGAAAAACUACAAGGCAAUUACUUUCACCGAAAUCGAUUUGUUUGUUCCGUUAUCUUAUGCAAACUCUGUUCUCCUGCAGGUCUUCGAUUCACAGUGGAAUGAAAUUCCAGUCGAUAGCAUAUUUUCCAGUGAAGAAAUGUCCACUUUCCGAAAAAUUAUUCGCAAUAACAUAAUGAAAGCCGUGUACAACCUCAUCCAGGUGAAUCAGCCAGCUCUUCCCUUUCAGCAGACGAUUGAUUGGGGCAACGACUGCCAGGCUUCGAAAAGUGUGGAGGCAAUCGUGGCAGUCGUCGAAAAUGGAGCCAAGGAUGGGAAAGACGCUUUCGAGGCAGAUGUCCCGUCGUCUUUAGAAGAUGAUGUGCUCGAAAUACUUCGGGAUCCAAACAUAGCCGAAACGUUGGAGAAGCACCACAAAAUGGCUCGAAAAUGGCGAAUUGAGGAUGGAACGCUGAAAUUUCUCUCGGAAAAGGAAAUCAAAGCGCAUAUUCAACAUCCAACGACAGAUGUACAAGACUUCAGAUUUAGUGUUAAUGGUACGUACAUCCAAAUUCACGACAUGGGUGGGCAACCUACAGAAAUGGUGAGUUGA